ACUCGCAUGUCAAGUCGUCGUUUGUGUGUCGCAUGUGUUUUUUCUAUUUUGUCGAGUGUGAAGUGUCGAUCGUGUCGCAGGUGUGUGCAGCAAGCCCCAUCAACUCAAGAAGAAUUUAUCUUGCAGAUCCAGGAACAAGAGCUCAAGAUUUCAAGCCCAAGGGACGCGGAUAAAUAUUAAAUAUUUGUACUCCUAAGACUAUUGUGGCUGCUAUACCUCCUGCCAGUCAAACCGCCAUAGCGUCGUCAAAUCUUCAUGGAAUUUCAUGAUUCAACUUGCUGCUGAUAGACGACAGCAACACGCUCCAGAUCCAAUUUACACAUCACCGUUUGAUUCAGUGACCAGAUCGUUAUCAGUAUUUGAAGCCGUCUGACAGAAAUCCGACUGUGCUCUCUAUCUCUCAUUAUAGGCACAUCUAAGCCUAUUGUGAUUAUAACAAGUGGUAUCAGAGCCCCUUGGAGCUGUCUCGACCAUGCCUAGGCCUGAGGAAGGGGGUGGCAGAGGUGUUGGAGGCAGAGAAGACGCCCAAGCACAAGGUCAACACCAAGAUCCACCCGUUGCUCCGGUGCAACCUAGCCUUGGACCCUCUAGGGAUGAGCCUAGAGUGUUUGGCCUUGACAAGUUCAACGGUGACAACUUUGCUGAGUGGUCCUUCAAGAUGGAGAACAUCUUUGACCAUUAUGAUCUGCUGGAGGUGAUGGAAGGAACGGAGAAGCACCCCGAGAACGACCCGGAGAAGAGCCCGUGGGUGCGGAAGAGCGCACAAGGCUACCUUCUACUUGGGCAAGCGUUGGGGAGCAGCCAAAUCCGUCACAUCAAGCCUUUUCAGCGUGAACCAGCAAAGGGACCAAAGGCAUGGGCUGCUCUCAAGGGUGUAC